GUGCUGGCAACCACUCCAAGUCACAUGAACACGUGUAUAAGUCUGUGUGUACUCUAGCCUGCCAGCAGGCUAUGACCCUGCUGAAGGCAAGAAGGUCAGCACUCGAAGCCGUUACAGCAGCUGUGGUUGUUUUGGAGAAUGACGAGUGCACCAAUGCUGGAAGAGGCUCCAACCUGUCCAUGCAAGGCACGGUGGAAUGUGAUGCCAGCGUCAUGGAUGGACAUUCGCUGUUAUUUGGAGCCGUUGGAGCUCUGUCAGGUGUUGCCAACCCUGUGAGUGUUGCUAGGCAGCUAGUGGAGGAACAGAAGCUAGGAGCUCUCUCCUGUGGACGAGUGAGGCCAAGCAUACUGGUGGGCAAAGGGGCUCAGCUCUAUGCUUGUGACCAGGGCAUGGAUGUCAGUGCUAACUUGAUAUCAGCUGCAGCUCUGAAAACUUACAUCCGCUACAAGAGGAGAUGUCUUGGUGCAGCUCCUUCUAGCACUGUGCAGAAACGUAGGAAGUUGAACACACCAGAGCUCAGCAGCUCCGGAGACAGCCAUCAG